AAAUUCCAACAAAAAAUUAAAAAAUAUUUCUACACGUCAUCUGGCGACUGUCAAACAGUUUUACGCAAGGGUUUUCUUAUUUUUAAUGCAAAUUGGUCUGUUUUGAACAAUAACAAAAUGGUGCUUAUAGCAGCUACAGUAUGCACAAAGUCAGGGAAAGCCUUAGUGUCACGCCAGUUUGUGGAAAUGACGAAGGCGCGGAUAGAGGGACUGCUGGCAGCCUUCCCCAAGCUUAUGACUGGAGGCCGCCAACACACCUUCGUCGAGACUGAGUCAGUCAGAUAUGUGUACCAGCCGCUGGACAAGCUGUACAUGCUGCUCAUCACCACAAAGGCCAGCAACAUCCUCGAGGACCUGGAAACUCUCCGCCUCUUCAGCCGAGUGGUACCUGAAUACUGCACUCAGUUGACUGAAACAGAGGUGUUGAAUCAAGCCUUCAACCUGCUCUUUGCCUUCGAUGAGAUUGUGGCUCUCGGGUACAGGGAGAGUGUCAACCUGGCACAGGUUCGGUCCUUUGUCGAAAUGGAUUCUCAUGAAGAAAAGAUUUAUCAGGCCGUUAGACAGACUCAAGAGAGAGAAGCGGCUAACCGUAUGCGCGAGAGAGCAAAGGAGCUCCAGAGAGAACGACUGGAAGCCGCCAAGAGGGGCGGAGCGCCGCGCAGCACCAUGGCCUUCGGUAGUAGCGGUGGUUUCGGCAACCAGUCUAUGUCCUCAGCUGCAGGAGUGGAACCCAUCGCGGAGAAGAUUCCCACCACGCCCGCCAGGGACACUCGUCCAACAACCCGUUCAGCGAUGAAGCUCGGCUCCCGCGGCACGGACGCGGAGUCCUUCGUGUCCAAACUGCGGAGCGAGGGGGACGCCGCCGCCGCAGUCACCCCCACCACCCAACCCGACGUCAAACCCGGGGCUCUACCCGCGCCCGACCAGAAAGAUGUUCACCUGAGAUUUGAGGAGAGGCUGAACCUGGUAGCCGGACGUGAUGGCGACAUACAGAGUUUCGAGCUCUCGGGUCUCCUGACACUGCGCAUCAGCAACGAGCAAUUCGGCCGCAUACACGUACACGUCGAUAACAAGGACACCAGGCCGUUGCAGUUACAGACUCACCCCAACGUCGACAAAGAGGCGUUCCGAUCCAGCGGCGUGAUAGGCUUGAAGCAGGCGCAGAGACCGUUCCCCCUACACUCUGAUGUCGGCGUACUCAAAUGGCGUCUUGCUACCGCCGACGAUAAGCUGGCUCCUAUCUCAGUCAACUGCUGGCCGUCAGAGGGCGCCAACGGCGGCUGCGACGUCAAUAUCGAGUAUGAACUCGAACAGGAUCAUCUUACCCUGCAAGACGUCACUAUCAACAUUCCUCUGCCAACCGGCAACAGCUCAGUAGUGGUCCACCAAUGGGAGGGCAGCUAUGCGCAGAAAGGCCGCAACCUGAUCUGGAGCAUUCCACUCAUCGACAAGCAACAUAAGUCUGGCAGUCUUGAGUUCACGGUGACCCCAGCGAUCCCCAACGACUUCUUCCCGCUGACCGUCUCCUGGAGCUCGGACACCACCCUGGCGCUGCUGACCGCCACCCGCGUGUCGCAGGCGGCCGACGGCUCGCCCGUCGACUACUCGCAGGAGAUCAGCUUCCAUCCCGACAAGUAUGAGAUCGUCUAGGUGCGUUUUUAUGGUAACAUUCCAUUUCUGACUGCAGCUGCACUACUAGUACUGAACGCGUCGCUGUCAUUGUCAAUUUCCAUAGUAAAAUGAACAGUAAUGCAGCUGUCGUUGGAAAUGGACUGUCACCUUUAGAUUCAAUGGCAGUUUUGCAAACUCGUAAUGGCAAUGAGAUUCACGUGAACCUUGUCUUUCGUUCGUUCUUUGAUAAUGUAUGUAUACCGGGUGUGGCCUGUAAUACGAGCAAAAAAUUAAACUGUAGGCUGUACUCCUCAUACUGAUCAACAUUUGUUCAGAGACUUUUAAAAAUAACUUGUGGUUUGAUUUUUAAUACACUUUAAAGUUUAUUCUAAGACGCAAUGUAUUGCGAAUUUUGUUAUGUUUAAGGCGUGACAAGCAACGUGAAUCACAAUGAUAUGGCGUGGCGAUGGCGUCCAUUGAAGAUAAUAUUUAUUUUGUAUGAAAAAUAGGGAGUCUAAAUACUUCAUAAUUUUUUAAAGUUGUUGAACAAAAGUGUUAGCGGAUGAGGAUUCUAUCUUUUAAAUAUUUGCUUGUGUUACAGGCCACACCCGGUAGAUAUAAUGCAUAAUUGUUUUCCGUCGUAUUUUCUCGGAAACGUUCGUAUUUGUCAUGCUACUCCAGUCAACGUCAGUACUUUUUGUACCGAGACUGACUGAAAUAGCAAGACACUUUAAAUGUCGAAAAUACGAUGGAAAAUAAUUAUGCUACACACAUCUAUUCUGUAACGUAGUAUCAUGGCUAUUAAGUGUUUGUGAAAUAAAAUAUUACACAUUUAAAUUAAGUUAAAAUUGUUUAUUCAUUUAUUUUAUUGUAGUUAAUAUUCCAUUUUCACGUAAGUGAGGACACUUUGUAAAACACUGAUAACAUAUUUUUUAGUUAAAAAAGCAUUAUAAAAUGUGUGGAUUCUACAUGCCUAAACGGUAAGAAAUAGUAAGAAUGUCUACUUUUUAAUAUAAUUGAUAGAUUUAAAUAAGUUUCUUAUGAAAUGAACGCAUAACGUUCGAAAUAACACAGGUUCCAGAAGAUAUAUAUCUAAACCUAAAUUGAUUUUAUUAAUAUAAAAUAGCUAUAAAAACUGUAAAAUAUUAUAACAUUAUCAAUAAACAUUGAGAAUAUAA